AUAUCAAUCACAGUAUUAUAUUUAGAUUAGGACAAUAUGCCUCCUCCCUCAAGAAAAAAAAAGUCACAAGAAAGUUAGUCAUUUCCUGAAUCCACAGUUGAACUAUAGUGAUUUUUCUGAAUAUUCUCUCAGCUCCUUUAAAACUGGAAGUGUUUAUAAACCAGACAGACAGCGGUUAAAGUGGCAGCUCAGAAAGUGUAUUUUUUUUAGCAAAAUGGCAAAGUGGAUGAGAUCAUCUGGAGGUACGGAGCAGAUCACAUUUGUGGAGAAUACAAAGGACCAGUUGGAUGACUCUAAAAAGUCUUUGUUUACUGAUCUUGGAAAGGACAAAAACGACAGCGCUGUUGAGAUUUGGAAAAAGCUGAGUUCCAUGAAAAUUGCUAUAAUUGCACUCUAUGUGGUCGUUCUCUGCAUCCUGGCAGGGAUGAUCUAUGUAACAGUGCAACUGCCUCAGUAUAAAAGGAGCAUUUCCGAUAUGGAGGCUGGAGGGAGUGCAUCUAAACAAAUUGGAGAAAACAGUGUGGGUGAAGUAGUCUGGCAGGAUGAUUUUGAAGAUCUUAAAAAUACAAUCAAAACCCACUCCGACUCCCUGAAAAAGCUUACCCAGAGUACUCAAACGCUGACUGAAAAAGUCACCGUCUUAGAGGAUUUAUUAAACAGUUCCUUAUCUGUCGUGGGGGGUAACAUCCAACAACUGAAUAUGAAGAGUGAACAGCUGACAUAUAUCAUAGAACAAAAUGUCAACUCCUCAAUUCCUCAGAUCAAACUGUAUGAACAAAAUCUUGAGGAUUUAUCAAAUCGUAUUAAUAUCUUGAAAGAUGAUGUCCGUGGUAUUCUGGAUACAGUAAAGUCUGUCAAUAGCAGCUGCAUGGGGGACAUCUUCAUUCACCAACAGGACAUUAUUCAACUGAACAUGAAUUUUGAAAAUGUGACCAUGGCUGCUAGACGCUUGGAAGAAAAACAGAUCAAUAUGGAUGCCAAUAUGAAACAAGAAAUGGACAUUUUAAAUAAUGUCACUGAGGACCUGAGACUGAAGGACUGGGAACAUUCACUGGCUCUAAAUAAUAUAACCAAAAUGCAAGGUCCUGCUGGUCCAAAAGGUCAGAAAGGGGACACGGGUGAUAGAGGAUAUAACGGCUCUCCAGGACUUACAGGCAACUACUGUUUACAAUAUCAUUAUUUUCUAAUAAUGUAUUAUCCGUGCUAUAUCAGGAAUAGUGUUUGUGCAAUACUGAGCAAAAUUGCUUUACUUUUCAGGUUUGCGUGGUAUUGCGGGACCCAAAGGGGAAAAGGGGCAAGGACUCCCUGGAUCCACUGGGAACCCAGGAGCUGCUGGUCCAAAAGGGGAGAGAGGUCUUCCUGGUCUUCCUGGAUUACAUGGAUCAAAGGGGCAGAAAGGGGAACCAGGCACAGCAGCACCAGUACCUACAGGGCACCCAGCUUCUGUACGACUGGUAAAUGGAGCUACACCAAACCAAGGCAGAGUGGAAGUGCUGCAUGAAGGGGCAUGGGGAACCAUUUGUGAUGAUAAAUGGGAUGUCCUGGAUGGGCUUGUUGUUUGUAAAAUGCUUGGAUACAGCAAAGUUUUAAAAGUUUUCACAAAUGGUGUUUUUGGAGAAGGUACUGGGAAAAUACUGAUGGAUGAAGUUACAUGUUCAGGACGAGAGACUUCAAUCUUUGAGUGUCGAUUUGCAGGAUGGGGAAAAACUGACUGUCAACAUACCGAGGAUGCUGGUGUAUCUUGCUCAGCCUAGUAAACAAUUAAAUUACAUGAAACUCUUGUUCGCAAUUUUCAGCAUCAGGUCUAUGAAGAUUGAAUGACCAAUUUAAGUUAUAAUAAUGUAAUAAUAAUGGAAAGUAAGAAUUGCUCAAUGAUAAGUAUGUUAUUUGAUAAUCUUUUAAUACAAAAUUAUGAGUUGUUUAAAAUGUAUUGCAACCAGAUACAAAAAUAACACAUUCUAAACAUUGCAGACUCAAUCCAACAUGCAGAGAAACAGACGUGGCAGGAAUGAAUACAGUAUAUAUACACAGUACAUAUUUAUGAAAAAUAUAUUGCUUAAAUCACACAAGGACCAAUUUAUUUUCUGUUUCAAUCUCACUUUUUAUUUUCAGUUUUCUGCUCACAUAUUCCUGCCACUUGUUUUCAUUACUAGAUUCAUUUUGAUGACUGUUGUAUUACUGUUGUUUUUACAUUGAUUUUGUAUGUAGUGAUCUUUUGCAAAAUCGUAAUUGUUUCAAUUUUAAAAGGAAACCAGAGGAAUGAGGAAACAGUUACUAUUUUUACCCACUUCUGAAAGUGUUGUGGCUUUCAUUAUAAUAAAUAUUAAGUUACAAUAAA